ACCUGGAGUGUCUGGAGAGAUGACUAUUACACUGGCUCCUGACACUCCUGAAGAUGUGUUGACUGCUGCAGAAUCAUCCCCAGUCACUGUGUCCUGGGGGGCAGUGGAUGAUGCUAACAGAUAUACUGUCACAUUCUCUAAGGCUCAGGGAACCAAUCAGGAGGGACUAUGUCCUACUGACUCUCAUACUGCCACUCUGACAGUGGAUGCUCCCUCCACUACUGUCAGUAUUGCUGUAGGAGGAGAUGUGGGGUCAACAGUGACUGAUGAGUUGAGAGCCUACACCACAUAUGAGGUGACUGUGGAGGCAGUCAGUGAUGUUCGAGGUACCAGUCGACCCAGUGGGACCAGGAGAGUUCUAACACCACAGACAAGUGCAAGAGAGGCUCCUGGGGAUGUGAGAGCAGAGGCUGAGAGCUCCACUGAGAUCUCUGUCCAGUGGAGUGGCCUCUCCAACUGUAGACUGGUCAAUGGUCGAAUCACUCAGUACAGAGUUCAGUAC